CCCACACAUUCCCAGAAUGAGGCAUCGUCAUCCGAGGGAGGCUAAAAACAUCCGCCUGUGUUGUCAGAGCAUCACCGCAGCGGUUCACCAGAAAAAAAAGCAGUCGUAUCUUUAUUUUUUUUAGACUAAUGGAGGUUCAAGUGUCGCCGUGCAGAAGCAGCAUAACGAGGCCAUGAUCACUCGGGAGGGAGGAGACGACGGUGUCUGCGGUUCUGGAUCGAGAUGAGCUGCGGCAGCAGUAAAAGAGAGAGGGAGCAGAAGAGGAAGCUGCAGCACUUCCUGAGUGACCUGGCUCUGCUUGGAUCACUGCAGGGUUUCAAGCACUUCCAGCCUUGGCUCAGAGGGAAGGAGGAGCUGCUGCUGACGGUCGUCAAUGAGGAUCUGGGUUGGCGUUCCCCGGGCUUCGCCGUGUCCCGAGCCUCCUCUCACUCCUCCACCAGCAGCAGCUGCAACAGCAGCGACGUGUCCCCCAGCAGCAGCUCCCCCAGCCUGGACAGUCGCAGCAGCUCGCCCCUGCCCGGGGAACCUCGGGCCCCCCGGGACCCCCCGGCGCAGACUCACGCCAAGGCGCAGCCGCAGGCCGCCAGGGACCCGAGCAGCGAGGACCAUCUCCUGCCAGCGUCUCCCAGUGAACGAGAGAUAGCAGUGCCCGAGGUGAACUGCACUCUGUUUUUACUGGCCGGCUACGUCAAGUACGGACGCCCCUACGCCUGGAUACGCUCCAACCACGAGCGCCUGGUCAACAUCGGCGGCACCGACUCAAUGGUCAGGGACACGCCGAUGAAGCUCAAGUCCAUCGCAGACUGGCAGACGCGAGGCGUUCGCGUGUGGGACAUCGUCAGUGAGCUGGUGUGCCUCUGCACCGUCCCCUCUCCCUCAAACCCCUUCGCCCUGGACACGCGUUACAUCCGAGGUCUUCCCCUGCCCGAGCGGUUCCUCGCCACGGGCGCCCUCCUCAACUUCCUGGAGAUGUACGUGGUGUACGGCAACCAGGACGAGCUGCACUAUGACAAAGUUGUAGAGGAGGUGAAGCCUCUGAGGCGCCUCCACGUCCAGUCCCUGCUGGAGGUGCAGCGACGCAGAGAGGCCCCCAGGCCGAGCUGCGGCCCAACUGUGCAGGACUCUUCUGGAGAGGACGGACCGUGACUGUCCUUCUGUGGUCCGCAGGAAGAGGAGACGUCCUCCGUGCACCUUCAAUCGCCUUCUCGUUGGGGAAACGGAGACAGAAAUUAGCUCCAAAUGUGCAAAAUAGCACCAGAGGAAACAUUUGUAGUUGAAUUCAUCAUUGUUUAAAUGUCCCCCACCCCCCACCCCAAUCUUAUCGCAGUAUUUGUAUUUCAUGCACAAUGUUUCUGUAGUUGGAGGCCAGUCACGUGUAUCAGAUGUUUUGGGAAAAUGUGAAAACACUGGAGGAAUAACUCUGGGAAAUGAAGUCACAUGACUGAGAUUAAAAAAUCCCAGGACCUUU